AUGUCUGAUAACGAAGAGGCAUUCAAAGACUCUGAUGUCGAGGAUGAUGAGCUUCUACAAGACUGGACUAACGCUUCGAGGUUAAUUGGAAAUGGAAAUAAACAUUCAAUACCUUUGCGUGGUGAAAAGGAUUAUGAACCUGAUGGGACAACCGUUCAAGUAUCAAUGCUUUCCCAAGCGAAAAAUGCUAUGUUCAAUGUACUUCGACAGCCUGAUAGAGGAACCAUUAUAAAAAACCAAGUAAAAGCAUUCUACGAUAUGGAAAACCACUAUGCCGUUGUCAAACGCCCUAAGGGAACCUUUACAAAUAGCAUUGGAACACCAAAUUCAGACGGAUCUUUGACCUUGCAGUUUUAUGAAUUUGUGUAUUUAGUAGAGCGAGGAACGGUGACUCCUAUUUUCAAUAUUGAGAUAGAAGGAAAGAAAUGUGAAUAUAUUUUAUCAAUACAAGAGGUCUACUCAUUUUUCAAGUCCCAAGCAGAAUUGGAUGAAUUCUAUUUAUACGCAUAUUUGAAAAGAAUGGGGUAUAUCGUUUGUGCCAAGAAUUGGAAAUACGGCCAUAGGGACUCUUUCCAGGAGCUUUACUUUAACAAGUACCUUAAAAGUUCAUCUCGCCCAAGUUACAUUAAUAAUUUCUUUCAUCUCUUCUCCAAGUUCUCAUAUACAGUAAUAAGAAAUACACCCAAUGUUCUUAAAAAGAUUUUGGGAUUUUGUCCUAUGAAAUUUACUUCAACAAGUCAGAUUUAUGAAUCGAUAGGCAAUGCUAUACCUUUCUAUGUUCCACCUAAAACAUCUCAUGAACUUUAUGAGUCGAAAUGCUCGAAUAUGUCAAAUUAUGGCACUUCAAAGUAUAAAAUUGUUUUUGACAUAUGGAAGCCUAAUCCUAACUUCAAGAAGAGUUACAGGUACUUACCUGAUUUUCAAGUAGUGAUGUACAAUAAGAAUUCUAAUACUUCACAGUUCCCUACCCUUUCAGACUUCAGAGAGAUAUUACAACAUCUUGAUUAUAAAUAUCCAUUUAUUGAUGACAUAGAUGUUUUGGAAUCUAAACAACCAAUUAACAAUAAGAAAGAGAACAAAGUGAAACAGGAAACACAAAUGCAAAAUCAAAAAAUCAAGAAGCCAAAAAAAUCCACUGGAAAUGCGUAUAGUCGAAAAAUGAAGAAGAUAAAGGAUGGCUACCGAAGUUUUCUAUUAGCAAUUAUGGACGAUGGUCUACUCAGUAUAGUAAAAAUAACAGAGACGGACUUUGGAUCUGAAAAUAUAUGGUACGUUCCACCAACAGGCAACGAUAGGAAUAAUAAACCGAAACAGAAGAGAAAAGCUUGA